ACAGUCGAAGACAAGAAUUGCGAACGGCCACUCCGGCCUGAGAGCGUACACAGCGCAGUCACGGCGCCUCCGUAGACAACCGCGCCGAGAGGACAACCGUACUGAGAGUCUGAAAACAAACAAGUAUCGUAAAUGUCCGAGCAUGAAGUACAAGCGAAUUCGAGAGCAGUGUGCAAUACAACAAGCGGGGGUAGGGGAUAGGGGGGUAGGUUACCUAAUCGAUGGAAAGCUAUGUCCAUGUAAUGGCAUCGUGUCCGACAAGAAAUUUGAACCUUCCGAGUCACGUAGUCCGGGAAGUCAGCGAGAAUGCAACAUGAAUGGGGGCGCUCAAUGGCGUAGCUGCAAAUGUGUCCGCAUUAUGUGACUCGACAUGCCGCCAGCGUCCCCGUAGUGAGGGCAUUGGCCCCACUCACACCUCACUAUCUGAUUGCGGUAGGAGCCGAGGUGAAUAUCUUGGAUGUGCCCUUCGAUGUGUGAAUGGGAACAGACAAGCUGCGCGUUGCAUGCCCCCCAUCUACAGGGAGUCGUCACCCCGCCGUUGGCGUAACCCGCAUGGGGUGCGUGGGUAUGACCGUGGCCUCGGUGUGCGUACAUGGGGCCUUGUCCGGGAUGGUGCGUCGCUGAGCCGAGGUUCGUGUGGAGGCUAUCGCGUACGGACAACAGAGGCCGGGGGGAGGGGAGGGACGAGCGAUGUGUCGACCUCACUGCGCUCGGUUUAUACCGCCGCUCUGGAGUGCGCUGAGCAGCGGGGUGACUGAGCAACUUGUUGACUCAGUAGAACUCCCGGCCAUUUAUACUGGGCGGCGAGGCUAAGGACGCAAGCUCCGGCACUGCGUCCAGAUACAUUGCACGCCCAACCACAGUGUUGCCAUACCCGUUGACUCGUAAAAGUACAGUAGGCACCGGAUGGAUCCAUGUAGACAGAAGCAGCCUAUGUCGCUAUUAGGAAAAUACGAUGCCGCGGCACUCACGACGUC